AUGAACUUUAUACAGCAACCUAUACCUCCUUCAUUCAAUGAUUAUAUGAUACCCCACAAAGAAUAUAAUGACCAAGACCAAUACCCUUCUUGUGAAGUAUUUGAGACAAUUAUCCAAGAUUAUCUGCACAACUUGUCAUUAAAAAAAAGAGACAAGGCAUUGAUUGAUCAAGAUCGAUAUGAUAUGAUUUUGCAGGUCUUGAAGGACCCUCGUAACACAGCUAUCUCUACAGCUCAAUUCAGGUUUUGGGUCAAGAAAAUGUUUCAAUUAUCACCUCGACAGGCUGUUUGUCAUGAUGGAAAACCAGUAGCAAUGAGAGAGCAAAUCUAUGGUAUUUUAGUACGUGCACAUCGUGAAGCACAUCAUGGAGGAAGAGACAAGACAUCUGCAUUGGUUCGAAAGCGAUAUUCUUGGAUUCCAAAGGAAUUGAUCGCUCGAUUUGUUCGACAUUGCCCAUUCUGUAUCUCACGUAGGAAUGGAAGUCAAUACAAUUCUUUAGGUAUUUUCUUGCCUGUAUCACCACCUACUUAUGCCAUGUCAAAACAAAACAGUGUAGAUCGAUCUUCAACACAACCCUCAGACGAAAUGGUGUUGAUGGCAGAGCAAGAACACUAUUUCAACCCAAAUGAUUUUACAUAUAUGCCUGAUAUCUUAUUCAAUCAUUAUCCUAUGUUUGAACAAAAGCCUAUGACGAUCAUUCACCCAACAUUAGAAUUGUAUGACCCUCUUAUGGACAAUCUUGAAUUCUUGAUGGGUGGUUAUAAAAUGACCUCUCCUUCACUAUCACUUUCAGCGUCUUCUUGUUCUUCGUCACCUGUUCAUCCAGCUUAUCAUGAGACAAGUGUCAUUCAAUGCACAGCAAAUCAACGUCAAUAUGCAUUGAAUCACUUUUUAUUUUCACAGCAAUAA